GAAUUUCCCCACAUUACUCUGAGGUUCUGUUCAACAUGUGGGCUUGGCGAUAUGGUCCCACCGCCAUCUAUUAUCGAGAUGUGGACGAUUACGUCAUUCAUCCUGCGUAUGACAAGAGCACAUAUGACAACGACAUCGCCCUCCUUCACCUCGCUAAGCCCAUAAGCCUGUCUGACUUCGACGGGAUCAAGCCAGUGUGUCUGCCUCCUCCUUCCGCGGACUUCACCGGCAGGAACGCCACGGCGACGGGAUGGGGGAAGCUCUCAUACAACGGAGACCAGUCGGAGACGGCCCAGGAGGUCUCGGUCCCCGUCCGGACGCGGAAGGAGUGCGCGGAGGCCUUCGGGCGCCUCUUCACCGACCACAUGAUCUGCGCCGGCGUCGCCGAGGGCGGGAAGGACGCGUGCAAGGGGGACAGUGGCGGCCCCCUGACGGUGCAGGAGGCUGAUGGGCGCCACACCCUCGCAGGAAUAGUGAGCUGGGGAGACGGCUGCGGGAAGCCUGGUCUCUACGGCGUCUACGCUGAAACCCGAGGCAAGACCGGGUCGUGCCAAGCCGGGACGACAUCUGUUUCUUCGAGAAAAUUUUGCUUUAAGAUGACGAUUUGCAUGAUCAUUAAACAAAAUCAUUACUAUCUAUUUAUGGCAGAUUAUCUUGUUCUUGUGUUCUUUAAAGGAUACUUGAUUAUCAUUUACUUGUUGCAGAAUGUCUUGUUCUUGUGGCUUUAA